AUGCAACCACGGGAACGCGACACAUCGAAUGGGCGACGAACGGCUGUUGCGGCACUUGCUGAUUGCUUGGAAUCUCUGGCGAUCGUCGCGGGUACCUUGCGCGGCGCAGCGACCAUCACGGAAAACUGCGCUCGGGAGAAGGAGGGAGAGAAGAAGGAAGGAAAGAGGGCUCCGACUUGCAUGUCGAGGGUGGAAGGUGUCACGAUCCAGUAUGUUCUUACUGAGCCUUUGGAUUCGGAAUCGAUUCGGGUUCAUACUCAGACCAUGCAAACACACCGUUUCUCGAGAGACGUCCUCCUUGACCUCUCCCACCUUUCAACGUUUCGACCGAACGCAUCCCUUCUUCUCCUCCUCUCCCUCACCUCCCUCACAAGUAACAUAUUCACUCCUCCCACAGGACCACAGCAGGACCACAGGUACCCCCUUGGAUCUCUCCCGUCCACAACCCCGAAACCCGUCAGGCGCAUUGAGUUGAGCACCGACCCGCGCGGCCAUACCGCAUUCCUCACCACAGCCCUCACUGCCCUCCUCGAGCUGUGCAACCCUACCGGCAACCUCCUUGAACAGCCUGCCCUGCCCUGCCUGGGAUUGGAAGGCCAGAAAGCACGAGCAAAACCUUGCGCACCUCACCCACCACAACUUUGGACUGCCGACAGAGACCGAUCCGACGACUCUGAGAGAGAGAAGGUGCGACUGUCUUGCUGCGCGACUGCAACUCUGCGACUCAACUCUCUGAGAAGCGCCGAACAGUCCCAACUUUCCCAUCCUAUCCACUUUCCACCUCGACAUCUCCUUCCUCUCUCCCCCGCGACACCACUCUCUACCUCCAGCGCCCACCUCAAUCUACCUAACGCCUACGGAUACAACGUCUCUGACUGGCCAAGAUCCAAGUCUGCACAGCACGGCGCAUCCGCAGCACUGCCAACAACGCCGCCGGCCUCCCAAGAAGCAGCAUCCCGCUCUCCCCGAGGGACGCGAAUCGUCUUCCCGAUCCAUAGUCAUAUCCACCCACAGACUCUCCUGGCCACAAACAUCAGACACUGGUUCCUGUGA